AUGGCCAGCCCUAUCUACCUCGGUGUCAUUGGCGUCGGCGGCGUCGGCUCUGCCUUCCUGAACCAACUCGCCCGUCUCCCCAACGCCCCCCAACUCAUCCUCCUCGCCCGCUCCACGCAGACCCUCCUCUCGCCGACACCGGCCUACUCGCCCUCGAUCCCCGCCACGUCGGACUGGCAAGCCGCCGUGUCGACCCCCUCGCUCACCAAAUCCGGCGCGCUCUCCGCCGACGAAAUUGCCUCUUACCUCUCCGCCGCGCCCGGCCGGUCCAUCCUCGUCGACAACACCAGCGACCCCGCCCUCGCGGCCUCCUACCCGACCUUCCUCCGCCGCGGCAUCUCCAUCGUCACGCCCAACAAGAAGGGGUUCUCCUCCGACCUCGCCCUCUGGAAGGACAUCUUCGCCUCCGCCGCCCAAGGCAACGCCCUCGUCUACCACGAGAGCACCGUCGGCGCCGGUCUCCCCGUCAUCUCGACCCUGCGCGACCUGGUCGCGACCGGCGACGAAGUGACCCGCAUCGAGGGCGUGUUCUCGGGCACGCUCUCCUUCCUCUUCAACACCUUCGCUCCUAGCGGCGCCUCCUCGUCCGCGAAAUGGUCCGACGUCGUGUCCCAGGCUAAAGAGCUCGGAUACACGGAGCCCGAUCCCCGCGACGACCUGAACGGCAUGGACGUCGCGCGGAAACUGACCAUCCUGGCGCGCAUCGCCGGUCUGGACGUCCAGGCUCCGGACUCGUUCCCGAUUGAAUCGCUCAUCCCUGACGAGUUGGCCUCCCUGCCUUCCACGGGCGAUGGCAUCGCGCAGUUCAUGACGCGUCUGCCGGAGUUCGAUGGCCAGAUGGCGGCGAUCAAGGAGGGCGCGGAGAAGGCGGGGAAGGUGGUGCGGUACGUGGGUAGCGUGGAUGUCGGUAAGAAGGAGGUCCGCGUGGGAUUGCAGCAGUUUGAUCGGGAUAGCGCGAUCGCCGGGCUGAAGGGCAGUGAUAACAUUAUUAACUUCUAUACCAAGCGGUAUGGUGGAAACCCGUUGAUUGUGCAGGGUGCCGGGGCUGGUGGUGAUGUGACUGCUAUGGGUGUUUCGGCUGAUUUGAUCAAGGUGGUUCAGCGGUUGUCUUAA